AUGCACCAUUUGGCAGGACAGCCUAAUAUUGUUGAACUCAAGGGGGCAUAUAAGGACAAACAUUCAGUGCAUUUGGUGAUGGAAUUGUGUGCCGGAGGGGAGCUUUUCGAUCGGAUCAUUGCGAAGGGGCAUUAUACUGAACGUGCAGCCGUGUCGUUGCUGAGAACUAUUGUACAGAUUGUUCACGCAUGCCAUUCAGAUGGGGUCAUUCAUAGGGAACUCAAGCCAGAGAAUUUCCUUCUGUUAAAUAAGGAUGAAAAGGCAUCAUUAAAGGCAACAGAUUUUGGUUUAUCUGUCUUCUAUUCAAGAAGAUCAUCCAUUGAUCAAGGAGGAUGGAGUCAUGGAGAGGCGCCUGAUAUGCUUCUCGAUAAUGCUGUUCUUGAUAAGCUUAAGCAGUAUAGAGCUAUGAACAAGUUCAAGAAAGUUGCACUCCGGGUUAUCGCUGGCUGCCUCUCGGAAGAAGAAAUCAUAGGAUUGAAACAACUGUUCAAAGGCAUGGAUACUGAUAAUAGUGGUACAAUAACACUUGAAGAGCUAAAGCAAGGAUUGGCGAACCAAGGGACAGAGUUGUCUGUAUACGAAGCUAAACAACUGACGGAAGCUGAUGGCCGGAUCAACUAUGACGAGUUUGUAGCCAUGAUGAAGAAAGGUAAUCCUGAUGCAGCAGCGAAUCCCAAGAAACGAAGAGGUUUCUCAUUUUGUAAUUAA